AUGAAUGCGCGCACACGAGCAACGACGGCAAACUCAGCGAAGAGAUGGGAAUCGACGGGUGAGUCACGAAAGGUGGUGGUGACACGCACAAUGAAGAUACAUGACUCGACGAGCAACCCACAGGAGGUGGCGAAGAUACGCGCGUUGAAAAAACACGGCUGGACGAGUGAGUCGCUUAAAGUGGCGGUGACAUGGUCGGCGAAGGGACUGGACUCGACGGGUCAGACAUUGGAGGCAGAGAAGGCGAGGACGGCGAGUAUACAGAACUCGACAAUUUAG